CCCCGCGUCCCCGCCCCCCGUGACGUCACGCCGAGCCCUUCGCUUGCGCGGAAGUGUCGUCUCGACCACCUUCUUAUCAUUCUGCUUUCGGUUCUUCUUUUAAUCCGAGCGUUCACUGCUUAACCGAUGGUUGCACGGCGAUAAGAGAGGUGGAAUCCGCCUUCACUGGCUGCCUGCCUGCUGCUGCGGCCCGUACCAAAUAAUAAAAACAUCGCCACGAGGGAGACAAAGGCCACCCCGUGCGCCGUGCCGGCCUUCGCAGGCUCGCGGCCGCCCAUGGACCAGCGGCACAAGCUGACGCUGCGGCGGCUGCGCACGCGGCUGGCGUCGGAAAUGUGCGUCGAGUCGGCGAGCCAUUACCUGUACCAGGAGGGCAUCAUCUCGGCGCAGCAGCUGGAGGAGGUCCUGGCGGAGCGCGGCUCCCGGCGGCGCGCCUACCGCCUGCUGGACGAGCUGCCGCGGCGUGGGCCGCGCGCCUUCGCGGCGCUGUGCGAGGCGCUGCGCGAAGACUCCCCGUGGCUGCUGGACAGCAUCGUGCGCGAGGAGAGCGCCGUCGGUUGGGAGGAGGCCGCGCGGGGCGACCCCCUCGACGGCGUGCUGGCGAAUUUCCCUCCCGAAUUUUUGGACUCUCCUCCCGACGAGCUGCAGCUGAGCCGCCUGGCCGCCUCGCUGGGACCGGAGUGCGAGCAUCUGGUGUCGGCGCUGGGCGUCACGCAGGCCCGGGCCUACCACUGCCGCGUGGCUCACCCUCACAGCGCGCACGCCCAGACGCUCGCCAUGCUGCUCGCGUGGCGCCAGGGCGCCGGCAGCGCCGCCACGCGCCGUGCCCUGUGCCUCGCUCUGCAGCAAGCCGAGGUCGACCUGCACACCGUUUUCUCCUCGUUCUUGCCACUGUGAUCCCACCACCACCCCCCCCCCCCUCCCAAAGUAUUGUGACGCCCGUAUAAGUUGGGACUCUCCGCUGAUGGUGAGAUGUUAACUGCCUUGCCCGGUAUACAGGAGGUCGUGGAUUCGACUCCGACCCUGACGCCUGCUGUAUAUUUGGAGUUUGAAUGUCUCUCUCCCCG